UCGACGCCUAACGUUAUCCCAUCUAGCUAUAUUAGUGGUCGACGCCUAACGUCAGCCCAUCUAGCUUUUUUAGUGGUCGACGCUUAACGUCCACCCAUCUAGCUUUAUUAGGGGGUCGACGCCUAACGUCAGAUAACAGUGAAUUUGUCCUUCCGUCAGGUUAUUUACCCUGUUAUACAGCGUCAGUUGCCCAGUUGGGGGCAAACUCGGGGAAGAUUUGCUUUUUCCAACAUUGCUUGUAAUUCUCUCGGAGUGAGGAUGGCGCUGAAAAGGAUCCACAAGGAGCUGAAUGAUCUGGCUCGUGACCCUCCAGCACAGUGCUCAGCAGGACCAGUGGGAGAUGACAUGUUUCACUGGCAAGCCACGAUCAUGGGACCUAAUGACAGUCCAUAUCAGGGGGGCGUUUUCUUCCUCACCAUUCAUUUCCCCACAGACUAUCCUUUCAAACCCCCUAAGUUAGCGUUUACCACAAGAAUUUACCACCCCAAUAUUAACAGUAACGGCAGUAUCUGUUUGGAUAUUCUCCGAUCACAGUGGUCGCCGGCUUUAACCAUUUCUAAAGUUCUGCUCUCCAUUUGCUCCCUGUUAUGUGAUCCCAACCCAGACGACCCUCUAGUACCAGAGAUCGCACGCAUCUAUAAAGCAGAUAGUGACAAAUACAGCAGAAUAGCAAGAGAAUGGACGCAGAAAUACGCCAUGUGAUGACUGGUCUGAACGGAUCAUCGGAAGGAGAACGUCGUUGUAGCUGGAGUCAACUUUAAUUGCUUGUUUUCAUUAUUUUGUUCAUUUUGUUAUUGAAUUAGACUCAUUUUGCCCCCAUUUUCACUCCUUCAUUUAUGUGCUAUUAAAAAGAUAGUGUUUGUUGCUCGGACAGUCAACGUGUGUACUAGUUUAAUUUAAGUGCGGGAAAAAACACAACAUUUUAAUGUAAGUCUUUCAUGGGUUCUGAACUCUUCAUGUUGAGCAUGCAACAACAGUAUACGGCCGUGCCGACUGGCCUUUUGGUUAUCAGACUAAACCACUAGACUGCGUUCCAUCCAUGUUGUUCUGAGGACGUUGAAGACACCUGACCAAACCGGACAGACGUGUCUCUUCAGGAUACACCAACUGGUGUGUGAUGUUGUUGGCUGUGUCUGAAAUGGCAGUCUAUUCCCUAUAUACACUACUUUUAACCAGAGAUUUUCUAGGGGAAUAUCCCUGUGGAUCCUGUUCUACUAGGGGAAUAUCCCUGUGGAUCCUGGUCUACUAGGGGAAUAUCCCUGUGGAUCCCGGUCUACUAGGGGAAUAUCCUGGUCUACUAUGGGAAUAUCCCGGUCUACUAGGGGAAUAUCCCUGUGGAUCCUGGUCUACUUGAGGAAUAUCCCUGUGGAUCCCGGUCUACUAGGGGAAUAUCCCUGUGGAUCCCGGUCUACUUGGGGAAUAUCCCUGUGGAUCCCGGUCUACUAGGGGAAUAUCCUGGUCUACUAGGGGAAUAUCCCUGUGGAUCCUGGUCUUCUAGGGAAAUAUCCUGGUCUACUAGGAGAAUAUCCUGGUCUACUAGGGGAAUAUCCCUGUGGAUCCCGGUCUACUAGGGGAAUAUCCUGGUCCACUAGGGGAAUAUCCCUGUGGAUCCCGGUCUUCUAGGGGUGGAUCUCGGUCUACUAGGGGAAUAUCCUGGUCUACUAGGGGAAUAUCCCUGUGGAUCCCGGUCUACUAGGGGAAUAUCCCUGUGGAUCCCGGUCUACUAGGGGUGGAUCCCGGUCUACUUGGGGAAUAUCCUGGUCUACUAGGGGAAUAUCCCUGUGGAUCCCGGUCUUCUAGGGGAAUAUCCUGGUCUACUAGGGGAAUAUCCUGGUCUACUAGGGGAAUAUCCCUGUGGAUCCCGGUCUACUAGGGGAAUAUCCUGGUCUACUAGGGGAAUAUCCCUGUGGAUCCCGGUCUACUAGGGGAAUAUCCUGGUCUACUAAGGGAAUAUUCCUGUGGAUCCUGGUCUACUAGGGGAAUAUCCCUGUGGAUCCCGGUUUACUAGGGGAAUAUCCCUGUGGAUCCUGGUCUACUAGGGGAAUAUCCCUGUGGAUCCCGGUCUACUAGGGGAAUAUCCCUGUGGAUCCCGGUCUACUAGGGGAAUAUCCCUGUGGAUCCCGGUCUACUAGGGGAAUAUCCCUGUGGAUCCUGAUCUACUAGGGGAAUAUCCCUGUGGAUCCCGGUCUACUAGGGGAAUAUCCCUGUGGAUCCCGGUCUACUAGGGGAAUAUCCCUGUGGAUCCUGGUCUACUAGGGGAAUAUCCCUGUGGAUCCCGGUCUACUAGGGGAAUAUCCCUGUGGAUCCCGGUCUACUAGGGGAAUAUCCCUGUGGAUCCCGGUCUACUAGGGGAAUAUCCCUGUGGAUCCCGGUCUACUAGCGGAAUAUCCCUGUGGAUCCCGGUCUACUAGGGGAAUAUCCCUGUGGAUCCCGGUCUACUAGGGGAAUAUCCCUGUGGAUCCCGGUCUACUAGGGGAAUAUCCCUGUGGAUCCCGGUUUACUAGGGGAAUAUCCCUGUGGAUCCCGGUCUACUAGGGGAAUAUCCCUGUGGAUCCCGGUCUACUAGGGGAAUAUCCCUGUGGAUCCUGAUCUACUAGGGGAAUAUCCCUGUGGAUCCCGGUCUACUAGGGGAAUAUCCCUGUGGAUCCCGGUCUACUAGGGGAAUAUCCCUGUGGAUCCUGGUCUACUAGGGGAAUAUCCCUGUGGAUCCCGGUCUACUAGGGGAAUAUCCCUGUGGAUCCCGGUCUACUAGGGGAAUAUCCCUGUGGAUCCCGGUCUACUAGGGGAAUAUCCCUGUGGAUCCCGGUCUACUAGGGGAAUAUCCCUGUGGAUCCCGGUCUACUAGGGGAAUAUCCCUGUGGAUCCCGGUCUACUAGGGGAAUAUCCCUGUGGAUCCCGGUCUACUAGGGGAAUAUCCCUGUGGAUCCCGGUCUACUAGGGGAAUAUCCCUGUGGAUAUCGGUCUACUAGGGGAAUAUCCCUGUGGAUAUCGGUCUACUAGGGGAAUAUCCCUGUGGAUCCCGGUCUACUAGGGGAAUAUCCCUGUGGAUCCCGGUCUACUAGGGGAAUAUCCCUGUGGAUCCCGGUCUACUAGGGGAAUAUCCCUGUGGAUCCCGGUCUACUAGGGGAAUAUCCCUGUGGAUCCCGGUCUACUAGGGGAAUAUCCCUGUGGAUCCCGGUCUACUAGGGGAAUAUCCCUGUGGAUAUCGGUCUACUAGGGGAAUAUCCCUGUGGAUCCUGGUCUACUAGGGGAAUAUCCCUGUGGAUCCCGGUCUACUAGGGGAAUAUCCCUGUGGAUCCCGGUCUACUAGGGGAAUAUCCCUGUGGAUCCCGGUCUACUAGGGGAAUAUCCCGGGCUACUAGGGGAAUAUCCCUGUGGAUCCCGGUCUUCUAGGGGAAUAUCCCUGUGGAUCCCGGUCUAAAGUAGUGCAUUUUAUCAAGAAUUUGAUGCCAUUUCGAUGGCAAGCAGUGUUAUGCUUUUUAAUAUUGUUUGCGACACAUGGGCCUGAGAGGAAUAUUUACCGCCUCGUAUCCAAAUGUGUGAACAGACAAACAAACGCUGCUCGGUAUGUCAACAAACAGCAACAAACAAACAAAAGAAAUGUAAUGUAUUUUAUGCAUGUUAUAGGAAUAGGUUGGAUGUUACCCAUAGGAAGUGGCUACAAAGAGCAAAUGGGGAAAUUAUUCAAUGAAAGCUUUCUAUCUUUGAUGAUGAUUGUUUUUUUUUUUUUUUUAAGUUGAGAGCUUAUAGUUAGGUCACCUACCUAAACACUGUCUUGUAGCCCUGAGACGCGACGCAGAGCUAUUGGUUCAACUAUCUACUGGUGCCUCUGGUCGUCUUGGUUUUUUUGUUGUUGAGUUUCCCCUUCAAUAAAGGUAAAUCAUAAACACUU